AUGAAAGUCAACACAAGCACUCUCUUUUUCGCCGCCUUGGCCAUCAGUGGUGUCGCCGCUGCGCCGAUCGCAGACGCUCUCGGCAUCGUCCAACCCGUGGCCCGUCAUGAACCCAGAGAUGAAGGAUAUUGCGUUUUCGGUUGCAGAAUCACAGCCAUCUUGUCCCGUCGCCAGAAUGCCGACCAACUGACCCGUCGUGACCCCGGAAAAGGCGACCCAGAGUACUGCCCUGACGGCGAUUGCUGGACCAAAGUCAAGACAGUCCGUCGCCAGAAUACCGACCAACUGACCCGUCGUGACCCCGGAAAAGGCGACCCAGAGUACUGCCCUGACGGCGAUUGCUGGACCAAAGUCAAGACAGUCCGUCGCCAGAAUACCGACCAACUGACCCGUCGUGACCCCGGAAAAGGCGACCCAGAGUACUGCCCUGACGGCGAUUGCUGGACCAAAGUCAAGACAGUCCGUCGCCAGAAUACCGACCAACUGACCCGUCGUGACCCCGGAAAAGGCGACCCAGAGUACUGCCCUGACGGCGAUUGCUGGACCAAAGUCAAGACAGUCCGUCGCCAGAAUACCGACCAACUGACCCGUCGUGACCCCGGAAAAGGCGACCCAGAGUACUGCCCUGACGGCGAUUGCUGGACUAAAGUCAAGACAGUCCGUCGCCAGAAUACCGACCAACUGACCCGUCGUGACCCCGGAAAAGGCGACCCAGAGUACUGCCCUGACGGCGAUUGCUGGACGGUACCCGGAAAAGGCGACCCAGAGUACUGCCCUGACGGCGAUUGCUGGACCAAAGUCAAGACAGUCCGUCGCCAGAAUACCGACCGACUGACCCGUCGUGACCCGGAGAAAGGCGAUGGUGACAGAGGCGAGUAA